AUGUCUCAAUAUACUGGUAAACGGCAACACGUUGCCAUCGUUGGCGGUGGUGCUGCGGGUAUGGCAUGUGCGGCAACACUUGCAAGCCACCCCGAUAGAUUCAAAGUCGUGUUGAUAGAGAAAGAGGCGGUGGUAGGUGGUCAAGCAACUUCAAUUGCUCUCGAUGUCCAGCAAUAUGGCGCUUCGUGGAUGAACAAUGGCGUUCAGGGCGGCUCAGCUAUCUUCAAACACACUUUCAACUUCUUCCGACAAUAUGACCAUCCACCAGAGGAGGUUCGCCUUCAGGUUUCCUUCGGGAAAGGGAAGGAUCGCUUCUGGACCAACUGCUUUCCAAGUCGCCUAGUCAAGCAGUUUUCGUCCGAUAUCAAACGAUUUGGCACAUUUCUCAAGGUCAUCAAAUGGAGUCUACCUGUGUUGGGCAUAGUGCCCAUUUCCGUGAUGCUCAGAGUAUUCUUGUUCAACAAGGACUUUGGCGACAAGAUGGUAUAUCCUCUCAUUGCCUUAUUCCUGGGUACUGGAAAUCAAACUGCGUCAGUACCAUCUGGCAUUGUGGAACGUCUCUUUAAUGACCCAAAUAUGAAACUAUGGGACUAUGAUUCAGAGACUUUGCUACCAAAUUUGCCUACUAUGUACACAUUUGACAAGCUUCAUGGCUUCUAUUCGGCGUGGCGGGAGGAUCUGACGGCCAAGGGAGUCUCUUUCGCCUUGGAAACCGAAGUUCAGGAGACAGUAUCUAGGUCGAAGAAUAAUGUCGUUCUGAAGCUAAGAAAUACACGCUCGAAGGAAAGCAGAGAGGAGAGCUUUGACAAGGUUGUCUUUUGUUCCCUCGCGGACGAGACACUUCGGAUUUUAGGCAAGACGGCGACUUGGCGAGAAAAGUUUGUUCUGGGUGGUGCAGCUUUCUAUGAUGAUAUUACCGUCACACAUACAGACAGCUCCUAUUUCAACGAGCAUUACGAAACACGUUUCAAGGAGGAUCUCUGCGCUGAACCAACAUCAGAAGCACAAAGAAAGCAAAUUGCUUUCUCAAAUCCGGCCGAAUCAAACUCAGACACCGGAUUUCGACCGAUGUACUAUACUUACACCUACGACAGCAACCCAAAGCUGAUUGAAAUGUCAUUCAACUGCAGCAAUUACCAGCACCAGUUUCGGAAAUGCCAAGCCAGCAAUGAAAGCACACCAAAACCGGUGUACCAAACAAUAUUUCUGAACAAAGAACGAAGAGAUCUCUGGACUAUCGACAAGAUUGAUGAGAGUCAAGUUAUUGCGAAAAAUUGGUGGCAUCAGCUGGGGCAUCGCUGGAUCCAUUACCUACGACUUGUUCCAAAUAUGAUGUUCAUUCAAGGCAGGAGCAGCACCUACUUCGCCGGAUCAUGGACGUUGGUUAAUAUGCACGAAGUAGCCUGCUGUCUCAGUCACCACGCGGCAGAUCUUAUCUUCAAAUAA